CAGCCCGCUUUGUGCGAAGGCCACGCACAUAUUUCUCGGCAUGGAACUCGCACAAACUGUCAUCCGCAUUCUCCCCUAGGAGUUGCAUAUCCACCACAACCAACCCGACCACUCCGUAUAAGGCUCGCGGUUCGUCCGUUUCGACGGCCGCGAUGAUCAUCACUGGGUUCAUACCUAUAUCCUGCUUUGCACUUGGUACCUGGCAGGUCAAGAGGCUCAAGUGGAAGGUUGCAUUGAUUGAUGAGCUGGAGGAGAAGAUGGAACGUGAUCCACUGCCAUUACCCAGCCGCGUCAACCUGGAUGUGCUAUCCAACUUUGCAUAUCGAAGAGUGGUACUAUCCGGAAGGUGGGACCACGCGCAUACUGUCCUGGUUGGUCCGCGCGUGCGUGAAGGUACCAACGGAUACCACGUCGUUACUCCACUCGUCAGAGAAAACGGUUCGACUGUAUUGGUCGACCGUGGUUUUGUAACAAAAGACGCAGCCGAAAAUGCUCUACGCCGUGGAACAUCGGACGAUUCUGCAGUGCAGGUGUACGGGAUCAUCAGAACCGGUCAGAACCGCAACAGGUUCACUCCAGACAACCACCCGGAGAACGGUGAAUGGCAUUGGCUUGACAUCGGUGCCCUAGCAGAACAUGCCGGCGGAGAAGCAGCCGGUGUCCAGCCGGUGUUGAUCGAGGAAAUAUUUGAUGGACACGGUGGUCAAGCGGCGUCGAGGAUAGCCAAUGCUAUUCCGGUUGGUCGGUCACCGACAGUUGACGUGCCCAACUCACAUUUGUCGUAUCUAAUAACCUGGUAUUCCCUGUCUGCCUUUACCUCUGUCAUGUUCCUGCGGCUGUUUCUCAAUCGUAAACGAGCUCGCGGACGCCUGCGGCUAUGAUGCAGAUGUGCUGCAGUUGCUCGGCACGUAUCCGAUGCAUAUUGGGGCAAGGAUUCCGCGCCUUCGAGGUACACUGGCGCAGAUGAAGCACGAGUCUCGCACAACACCGCUGUUGGCAUGCUCUCUUAGGGCGACACGUAGCCGCGAAAUCUUCGGUAGCACUCUGCAAGGUCUUCGUAUCGCGGCCCUGGUCUGACCGUGCUUUAUCGCGCGAGCCAUUCCUCUGGAGGUGCUAUGCACCUCUAUGCGACGUUUGCGACGCAUGGAAACCAAAACCAAGUUCCUCCUUCCAUGUGGUGAUACAUAUCCAGACCCCCUGCAGCUCGAGCGUUGCGAACUCCAGGUCACUGCUUGAGCCUUAAUUUCAAGUGCUUAACA